CGUCAGGAGACCUAGCGGUAAAGAAAUCGCUCCGGGACUUUGAAAAGAAUCACACAGUGGAGUACCAAUAUGAAUACCAUUAGCCUAACUCAGUCCUGUAUAAUAGUUUUCGUCAGUUUAGUAAUUUGUAGCAUUUGUAUCGUGAAUGGAGAUUACUGCAAGGUGAACCUGUGUCAUAAUGGAGGGACGUGUGUGACUGGCAUUGGAGAAGAUCCCUUCUUCUGCAUCUGUGCUGAAGGAUUUGCUGGAGAUACUUGCAAUGCCACUGAGAAUGGUCCUUGUAUUCCAAACCCGUGUAAAAACGAUGGGACAUGUGAGGUGAUCGCUAACUCUGGAAGAGGAGAUGUUUUUAAUGAAUAUGUGUGCAAAUGCCAACCUGGGUUUGAAGGUGCACACUGCCAUAUCAAUGUGAAUGACUGUGCAAACCAGCCUUGUAAGAAUGGAGGCCUGUGUCGUGAUCUGGAUGGGGACUACACCUGCCAUUGCCCUUCUCCAUACAUUGGGAAGCAAUGCCAGCUACGCUGCAUAUCUCUGCUGGGGAUGGAGGAAGGAGGAAUCGUAGAGUCCCAGAUCUCGGCUUCCUCUGUACACUCUGGCAUUCUGGGGCUGCAGCACUGGGGACCGGAGCUCGCACGCCUCAAUAACCAGGGCCUUGUGAAUGCCUGGAGCUCCGCACCCCAAGACAGUAACCCCUGGAUUGAGGUUAACAUGCAGAAGAAGAUGCGUCUCACUGGAAUCAUCACCCAAGGAGCCAGCCGCAUGGGGACAGCUGAGUUUGUCAAGGCUUUCAAGGUUGCGUCCAGCUUUGAUGGCAAAUCCUACACAGUGUACAGAGUGGAUGGCCAGAGAAAAGACAAAGUGUUUUUCGGAAAUACAGACAACGAUGGAACUAAGACAAACAUGUUUGACCCUCCCAUUGUGACCCAGUAUAUACGUGUAAUUCCUGUGGUGUGCCGUAAAGCUUGUACUCUCCGGAUGGAACUUGUGGGCUGUGAGCUUAAUGUGCACUCCAGAACAGUUGGUUGCACCAAUCCGCUGGGCAUGAAGUCCCGUCUCAUCUCUGAUGUGCAGCUUACGGCAUCUAGUAGCUUCCGCACCUGGGGUAUUGAUGCCUUUACCUGGUACCCCUACUACGCUCGCCUGGACAAACAAGGCAAGACUAACGCUUGGGCGGCAGCGAACAACAACCGUUCAGAGUGGCUCCAGCUGGCUCUGGAGAAACCUAAAAGAAUCACAGGCAUCAUCACUCAGGGAGCAAAAGACUUUGGAGUUGUGCAGUUUGUUUCAGCCUUUAAGAUUGCAUACAGUGAUGAUGGACAAUCUUGGAGCAUUGUGAAGGAUCAAAUAAUGAGAACAGAUAAGAUUUUCCAAGGCAACAUAGACAACAACACACACAAAAAGAAUUUGUUUGAGCCUCCGUUCUUUGCCCGAUUUGUUCGGUUUCUGCCCUGGGAGUGGCAUGAGCGAAUAACUGUACGCAUGGAGCUGCUGGGCUGUGAUGAUUAGUGGAUGUGCUGAUGAUGUUUUGUUUCAGUGUGCAUUAGCUUCAUCUGUAUUGCUUUGUAUGUUAUUGUUAAUCAAUGCCAUUAUUUUGAUGAACUUUGAAAAAGCCUUUGGGCACAGUGAUGAUUUUUUGAAGUCGCCUAAGAAUGUUGGUAACCAAACAGCCAUUGACUUCCGUAGUAUUUUUUUUUUCUUUGUACUAUGGAAGUCAAUGUAUGUUUGGUUACCAACAUUAUUCAUAAUAUCUUCUUUUGUGUUCAAAAGCUGAAAGUAACUAAUACAGUUUUGGAACAACUUGAGGGUAAAUAAAUAAUGGCAGAAUUUUCAUUUCUGGGUGAACUAUGCCUUCAAAUAUUUUUCAGAGAGUAUUGCGAAAUUUAAAGAAAUGUUAACCUGUAAGGAAAAUUUGAAAAUUCUAAUUCUUGCUAAAAUUGUCUCAUAACAACUAACCAUUCUUGUAUUUCAAAAUGUUACUGUUAUUCCUCAUCUUUGGUCACCAAGGUGAGUAAAACCUAUCCGUGAUUCAACCUGCCUUCAAGCACAUGUACAGCACUGAUCUGUAAUGGAAAAAGGUCAACUUCUGUGUAUCUCUCUUUUUUUUCUUUCUUUUUUUUUUGUUUGUUUUGUUAGCACACAAAAGCUGUCUAAAAAAAAUUCUGAUAUGUUCUUGAUAUAUGGGUCUGUCAGAAACAGUGCUGAAAUUAAAUUAGAAAUGAAUUGAAAACACUAUCAAUA